CGCUCUACCCGAAGCGCAGCUCUCGAUGAGCCGCGCCCUGCGUCCUCACGCCGAGGCGGCGGGGCGAUGCGCUUGCGCACUGCGAACUCACACCAUAUGUGCCCUGUUCCAGUGCGCGGGUCUGUGGAGAGCCGGGUGCGAGCGGCGGCAGCACGGGGGGAAAGGAGUUCAGCGGAGACCGAAGUCAGCUGGGAGACAGUGGGUCUGUGAGAGACCGAAUAGAGAGGCUGGGGCCACGAGCGCCAUUGACAAGCAAUGGGGAAGAAACAGAAAAGCAAGAGUGAAGACAGCGCCAAGGAUGACAUUGAUCUUGAUGCCUUGGCUGCAGAAAUAGAAGGAGCUGGUGCUGCCAAAGAACAGGAGCCUCAAAAGUCAAAAGGCAAAAAGAAAAAAGAGAAAAAAAAGCAGGACUUUGAUGAAGAUGAUAUCCUGAAAGAACUGGAAGAAUUGUCUUUGGAAGCUCAAGGCAUCAAAGCUGACAGAGAAACUGUUGCAGUGAAGCCAACAGAAAACAAUGAAGAGGAAUUCACCUCAAAAGAUAAAAAGAAGAAAGGACAGAAGGGCAAAAAACAGAGUUUUGAUGAUAAUGAUAGCGAAGAAUUGGAAGAUAAAGAUUCAAAAUCAAAAAAGACUGCAAAACCGAAAGUGGAAAUGUACUCUGGGAGUGAUGAUGAUGAUGAUGAUUUUAACAAACUUCCUAAAAAAGCUAAAGGGAAAGCUCAAAAAUCAAAUAAGAAGUGGGAUGGGUCAGAAGAGGAUGAGGAUAACAGUAAAAAAAUUAAAGAGUGUUCAAGAGUAAAUUCUUCUGGUGAAAGUGGUGAUGAAUCAGAUGAAUUUUUGCAAUCUAGAAAAGGACAGAAAAAAAAUCAGAAAAACAAGCCAGGUCCUAACAUAGAAAGUGGGAAUGAAGAUGAUGACUCCUCCUUCAAAAUUAAGACAGUGGCCCAAAAGAAGGCAGAAAAGAAGGAGCGUGAGAGAAAAAAGCGGGAUGAAGAAAAAGCGAAACUGCGGAAGCUGAAAGAGAAAGAAGAGUUAGAAACAGGUAAAAAGGAUCAGAGUAAACAAAAGGAAUCUCAAAGGAAAUCUGAAGAAGAAACUGUAAAAUCUAAAGUGACUCUUGAUACUGGAGUAAUUCCUGCCUCUGAAGAGAAAGCAGAGACUCCCACAGCUGCAGAAGAUGACAAUGAAGGAGACAAAAAGAAGAAAGAUAAGAAGAAAAAGAAAGGAGAAAAGGAAGAGAAAGAGAAGAAAAAAGGACCUAGCAAAGCCACUGUUAAAGCUAUGCAAGAAGCUCUGGCUAAGCUUAAAGAGGAAGAAGAAAGACAGAAGAGAGAAGAGGAAGAACGUAUAAAACGGCUUGAAGAAUUAGAAGCCAAGCGUAAAGAAGAGGAACGACUGGAACAAGAAAAAAGGGAAAGGAAAAAGCAAAAAGAAAAAGAAAGAAAAGAACGCUUGAAAAAAGAAGGGAAACUUUUAACUAAAUCCCAGAGAGAAGCCAAAGCCAGAGCCGAAGCUACUCUUAAACUCCUACAAGCUCAGGGUGUUGAAGUGCCAUCAAAAGACUCUUUGCCAAAGAAGAGGCCAAUUUAUGAAGAUAAAAAGAGGAAAAAAAUACCACAGCAGCUAGAAAGUAAAGAAGUGUCUGAAUCAAUGGAAUUAUGUGCUGCUGUAGACGUUACGGAACAAGGAGUACCAGAAAAGGAAGAGACACCACCUCCUGUUGAACCAGAAGAAGAAGAUACUGAGGAUGCUGGAUUGGAUGAUUGGGAAGCUAUGGCCAGUGAUGAGGAGACAGAAAAAGUAGAAGGAAACACAGUUCAUAUAGAAGUAAAAGAAAACCCUGAAGAGGAGGAGGAAGAAGAAGAGGAAGAGGAAGAUGAAGAAAGUGAAGAAGAGGAGGAAGAGGAGGGAGAAAGCGAAGGCAGUGAAGGUGAUGAGGAAGAUGAAAAGGUGUCAGAUGAGAAGGAUUCAGGGAAGACAUUAGAUAAAAAGCCAAGUAAAGAAAUGAGCUCAGAUUCUGAAUAUGACUCUGAUGAUGAUCGGACUAAAGAAGAAAGGGCUUAUGACAAAGCAAAACGGAGGAUUGAGAAACGGCGACUUGAACAUAGUAAAAAUGUAAAUACCGAAAAGCUAAGAGCCCCUAUUAUCUGCGUACUUGGGCAUGUGGACACAGGGAAGACAAAAAUUCUAGAUAAACUCCGUCACACACAUGUACAAGAUGGUGAAGCAGGUGGUAUCACACAACAAAUUGGGGCCACCAAUGUUCCUCUUGAAGCUAUUAAUGAACAGACUAAGAUGAUUAAAAAUUUUGAUAGAGAGAAUGUACGGAUUCCAGGAAUGCUAAUUAUUGAUACUCCUGGGCAUGAAUCUUUCAGUAAUCUGAGAAAUAGAGGAAGCUCUCUUUGUGACAUUGCCAUUUUAGUUGUUGAUAUUAUGCAUGGUUUGGAGCCCCAGACAAUUGAGUCUAUCAACCUUCUCAAGUCUAAAAAAUGUCCCUUCAUUGUUGCACUCAAUAAGAUUGAUAGGUUAUAUGAUUGGAAAAAGAGUCCUGACUCGGAUGUGGCUGCUACUUUAAAGAAGCAGAAAAAGAAUACAAAAGAUGAAUUUGAGGAGCGAGCAAAGGCUAUUAUUGUAGAAUUUGCACAGCAGGGUUUGAAUGCUGCUUUGUUUUAUGAGAAUAAAGAUCCCCGCACUUUUGUGUCUUUGGUACCUACCUCUGCACAUACUGGUGAUGGCAUGGGAAGUCUGAUCUACCUUCUUGUCGAGUUAACUCAGACCAUGUUGAGCAAGAGACUUGCACACUGUGAAGAGCUGAGAGCACAGGUGAUGGAGGUUAAAGCUCUCCCGGGGAUGGGCACCACUAUAGAUGUCAUCUUGAUCAAUGGGCGUUUGAAGGAAGGAGACACAAUCAUUGUUCCUGGAGUAGAAGGGCCCAUUGUAACUCAGAUUCGAGGCCUCCUGUUACCUCCUCCUAUGAAGGAAUUACGAGUGAAGAACCAGUAUGAAAAGCAUAAAGAAGUAGAAGCAGCUCAGGGGGUAAAGAUUCUUGGAAAAGACCUGGAGAAAACAUUGGCUGGUUUACCCCUCCUUGUGGCUUAUAAAGAAGAUGAAAUCCCUGUUCUUAAAGAUGAAUUGAUCCAUGAGUUAAAGCAGACACUAAAUGCUAUAAAAUUAGAAGAAAAAGGAGUCUAUGUCCAGGCAUCUACACUGGGUUCUUUGGAAGCUCUACUUGAAUUUCUGAAAACAUCAGAAGUGCCCUAUGCAGGAAUUAACAUUGGCCCAGUGCAUAAAAAAGAUGUUAUGAAGGCUUCGGUGAUGUUGGAACAUGACCCUCAGUAUGCAGUAAUUUUGGCCUUCGAUGUGAGAAUUGAACGAGAUGCACAAGAAAUGGCUGAUAGUUUAGGAGUUAGAAUUUUUAGUGCAGAAAUUAUUUAUCAUUUAUUUGAUGCUUUUACAAAAUAUAGACAAGACUACAAGAAACAGAAACAAGAAGAAUUUAAGCACAUAGCAGUAUUUCCCUGCAAGAUGAAAAUCCUCCCUCAGUACAUUUUUAAUUCUCGAGAUCCGAUAGUGAUGGGGGUGACGGUGGAAGCAGGUCAGGUGAAACAGGGGACACCCAUGUGUGUCCCAAGCAAAAAUUUUGUUGACAUCGGAAUAGUAACAAGUAUUGAAAUAAACCAUAAGCAAGUGGAUGUUGCAAAAAAAGGACAAGAAGUCUGUGUAAAAAUAGAACCUAUCCCUGGUGAGUCGCCCAAAAUGUUUGGAAGACAUUUUGAAGCUACAGACAUUCUUGUUAGUAAGAUCAGCCGACAGUCCAUUGAUGCACUCAAAGACUGGUUCAGAGACGAAAUGCAGAAGAGUGACUGGCAGCUUAUUGUGGAGCUGAAGAAAGUAUUUGAAAUCAUCUAAUUUUUUCACACGGAGCGGGAACUGGAGUAAAUGCAAUACUGUGUUGUAAUAUCCCAACAAAAAUCAGACAAAAAAUGGAACAGACGUAUCUGGACACUGACGGACUUAAGUAUGGAAGGAAGAAAAAUAGGUGUAUAAAAUGUUUUCCAUGAGAAACCAAGAAACUUACACUGGUUUGACAGUGGUCAAUUACAUGUCCCCACAGUUCCAAUGUGCCUGUUCACUCAACUCUCCCUUCCCCAACCCUUCUCUACUUGGCUGCUGUUUUAAAGUUUGCCCUUCCCCAAAUCUGGAUUUUUAUUACAGAUCUAAAGCUCUUUCGAUUUUAUACUGAUUAAAUCAGUACUGCAGUAUUUGAUUAACCAA